GUAUUAUUGUACCUCCGCAGACUGAAGAACUUACACUCUCCAAUUGAGCAGCCGUCAGAUCGGCUAGCAGCUAGUACCGCCUUGGAAACGCCUACACGGUGUGUGUGUGGGGGCGUAAUGUAUGUUCGUGCCGCCCCCCUCUGCGUUGAUGGUGCUGUCCCAGCGCGCCGCGUCGGAGGGGAACCUCUGCGUCAUGCGCACUGACGUCACGGGAUCUCCUAGUGUCAGAGCGCUGCGCUGAAGCUUGUGCUUAUCAACUUGCGAUCCUGGGGAUCAGCUGGUUCCUGGCAGCGCCACUUGCCUCCUCACAGCCCACAUGCGCCACAGCUGCCCUUCCUCUGGAGCGGAGGCACAGCGCGGAUACUGCAGCGGGGGCAGUGUGGAGCUUUGUUCCUGAACUCGCACACAGGCAGCUUGUGCUUCUGGGAGUGGGGAAAGCAGAAGCAUUUCGUUACCCGCCCCCCUGGCCUGGAUAGUGGCAGAGAUGGAGAGGGAGCUACCGGGAAACUGGCACUAGAGAAUUGCCUCAGCCCUGGGUGCAGGGACGGGAACAUUCGCUGGCGGCUAGUACGUGGAGGGGCUGAGACUGUCUCCAGGGUUUAUACGGGGUUGUGUAAUUUCAAGAACAUGACUGGUUGUUCCUAUUGAUUGAUAAUUUUACUGACUCUUUGAGAGAGUAUCAAGAAUGAGUAAUGAGUGGGGCUUAAAGACCAUCUUGUAAAUGUAUGUCUUAUCCGUAAUGGCAGAUCAUCCGCCUCCUCCACUGGACAGCACACCGCUCCUAACCACAGAGAUACCUCUACUCCCUGCACCCAUUGUUAAUGGGGAAGGAGGCCAACAGGUUAUUCUGGUGCAAGUUAAUCCAGGGGAGGCAUUUACAAUAAGAAGAGAAGAUGGGCAGUUUCAGUGCAUCACAGGCCCUGCUCAGGUUCCAAUGAUGUCACCAAAUGGCUCUGUGCCCCCAAUAUAUGUGCCUCCAGGAUACGCCCAGCAGGUAAUUGAGGAUAAUGGUGUGCGUAGAGUUGUAGUGGUUCCACAACCCCCUGAGUUCCAUACAGGCAGCCAUGCGGUCAUACAUCGACCCCCACCUCCAAUACCAGGAUUCAUUCCUCUUCCAGCUAUGAUGCCUCCCCCACCUCGACACAUCUACUCACCAGUGACUGGAGCAGGAGAUGUGGCCUCCCAGUAUACCCCACAGUAUCAUGCCGCACAGGUAUAUGGAGAUCUCGAUACUCUUUCUACGCAUGGACGAUCUAACCUCAGAGAUGAAAGAUCCAACAAAAUACAUGAGAGGUUGCAGAAAAAGCUCAAAGACAGACAUGGAGUACAGAAAGAGAAGCUUAACAGCCCCCCAUUCUCACCCAAGAAAAGCACUUCUCCAAUAAAUGAAUCAAAUGGACUUGUAAAAGGCCAGAAUUCAGGCUUAAAUACAGGGCAGACAAAGAACAAGCACAAAGGGAAAGGUGGCUCUCCAGGGGAGACAGAAAUACAAGAAAAAGAUGAUGAAACAAAGGCACUCGAAGCACUGCUCUCAACGGUUUCCCAACCUGUGGUAUCCGAUAUCCAGGCCAGGUCUGUAACAUUAUCAUGGUCAUCACCUUCCAGCCUUAUCAGUGAGCAGAAUGAUGGGACAUGUAGCCCUGAACCAUACGCUUAUGAAAUCCUGCUGUCGAGCAGUGGGAAAGAUGGAAAGUACAAGGUUGCUUAUAGUGGAGAAAAGGCCACUGUUACUAUGGAUGACUUGAGACCUGCAACUGAUUAUCAUGCACGAGUUCAAGCGGAGUCGAACUGUGUAAAGGGAAACUUGUCAGAAGCGGUCAGUUUCACUACACUUUGCUGUGAACCAGACACACCAAAUAAUCCACGAAUAACUAAUCGGACCAAAAAUUCACUCACUCUCCAGUGGAAGGCAUCAUGUGACAAUGGCUGUAAAAUAGAGAACUAUCUUCUGGAAUGGGAUGAAGGGAAAGGGAGCAAAGAGUUCUGCCAGUGUUAUUAUGGACCACAGAAGCAGUUUAGGUUAACAAAGUUGUCACCAGCUAUGGGAUACACAUUCAGACUUGCAGCAAAAAAUGAUAUGGGCAUGAGUGGUUUCAGUGAAGAAGUUUUCUUUUACACCUCAGGCAGUGCUCCUACCAUGCCAGCAAGUCCGACACUAAAUAAAGCAGGAAUUAGUUGGUUAUCCAUGCAGUGGACUAAACCCUCAGGUACACCAUCUGAUGAAGGAAUUUCUUAUAUUUUGGAAAUGGAAGAUGAAACUUCGGGAUAUGGAUUUAAGCCAAUAUACAAUGGUGAUGACCUUACAUUUACAGUGAGAAAUCUGAGAAGAAGUACAAAGUAUAAGUUUAGGGUCAUUGCAUAUAACACUGAAGGCAAGAGCAGCCCAAGUGAGGUGGUGGAGUUUGUGACUUGUCCAGACAGACCAGGAGCACCCUCAAAGCCUUCUGUCAAGGGAAAGGUCCAUGCACAUAACUUCAGGAUAGUAUGGGAUCCACCUAAGGACAAUGGAGGAGCAGCAAUCACAAAAUACGUUAUGGAGAUGUCUGAAGACAGCAAUGGAAACAAGUGGGAUGUCGUAUACAGUGGAACAGCUCGAGAAUACCUGUGUGACCAUCUGAGUCCAGGCUCUUCUUAUCGCUUACAAGUCCAUUGCAUCAGUGAUGGAGGGAAGAGUCAGGUAUCAGAUACACUGUUAGUUCAGACUCCAGCGGUGUUCCCUGGGCCAUGCCAGCCCCCCAGGCUCCAAGGCAGACCAAGAGCAAGAGAAGUGCAAAUGAAAUGGGCACCACCGCAGCUUGAUGGUGGUUCCCCAGUCACGUGCUACAGCCUGGAGAUGUCGUCUUCUGAUGCCAGUGAGCAUAGAGAAGUCUACCAAGGACCUGAACUGGAAUGCACAGUGGCCAGUCUUCUUCCAGGGAAGGCGUACAGCUUUCGAGUGCGCGCUGCAAACAAAACUGGGUUUGGUCCAUUCUCUGAAAAGUGUGAAAUGACAACAGCUCCAGGACCACCAGAUCAAUGUAGACCUCCUCAAUUAACAUGCAGAUCUGCAACCUGUGUCCUUAUACACUGGGAGGCCCCCAACAACAAUGGAGCUGAGAUUAUGGAGUACCGGGUUGAAUGGGGAGGCAUGGAAGGGUGCAUGCAGAUCUGCUACUGCGGGCCUGGUUUUAAUCAUGAAGUUAAAGGCCUUUCGCCAGCAAUUGUUUAUUACUGCAGGGUUCAGGCUGUAAAUAUUGCUGGUGCGGGCCAUUUUAGUGAUGUGGUUGCAUGUUUAACGCCGGCAUCGGUCCCCGCUGCUGUGACAAGUUUGUGGGGAGUAAAAGAAGAUGAAGUAAACAGUUCAAAUUACUGUCCUUCCACUUGCCUUGCAAUACAGUGGGAAAAACCAUCUGAUCAUGGUUCAGAGAUUACCACUUACAGCAUAGACUAUGGGGACAAGCAGCCGAUUACUGUUUACAAAGCAACAAGCUACAUUCUAGAUAACUUACAGCCAGACACAACAUACAGAAUACGGGUUCAAGCCCUAAACAGCUUGGGAGCUGGUCCUUUCAGCCAUUCUGUGAAACUGAAAACCAAGCCACUACCCCCAGAACCACCUCGACUGGAAUGUGCGGUGUACAGUCACCAGAACCUUAAGCUGAAGUGGGGAGACGGUGCAUCCAGGGCAUUACCCACAGAUUCCAUUCAGUAUCACCUUCAAAUGGAGGAUAAGAAUGAAAGAUUUGUAUCCUUAUAUAGAGGACCAUGUCAAACAUACAAAGUACAAAGGCUCAAUGAGUCCACGUCAUACACAUUUCGUAUUCAGGCAUGCAAUGAGGCUGGUGAGGGGCCUUUUUCCUCGGAAUAUGUUUUUACAACUCCAAAAUCACUUCCAGCUGCCUUGAAAGCUCCAAGAAUUGACCGAAUUAAUGAACAUACCUGUGAUGUCACGUGGGAGUCCUUACAGCCAAUGAAAGGAGAUCCGAUUAUCUACAUUUUGCAAUUAAUGGUUGGAAAAGACUCUGAUUUUAAACAGGUUUAUAAGGGACCUAGUACAUCAUUCCGCCACUCUGCCCUCCAGCUAAACUGUGAAUAUCGUUUCCGUGUAUGUGCCAUUCGCCAGUGCCAAGAUUCUGCAGGACAUCAGGAUCUCAUUGGUCCAUACAGUGCCACCGUCCUCUUCAUUUCUCACCGAAGUGAAACCCAAACCAGCACCAACAAAGAUACUGUGGAAACCACAAGGACAACACGGACGCUUAGUGACGAGCAGUGCGCUGCUGUCAUCCUUGUGCUCUUUGCUACGUUCUCCAUUCUGAUUGCCUUUAUCAUCCAGUACUUUGUUAUCAAGUGAGAGGAUCCUAUUUGACCUAAUCCCACCCUGCUAAUUUUUUUUUCUCUCCCCCUUUUUAAUUGCACAUCCCAAAUAGGUUACAAUUGUUUGUUCAGUAUGUUCCAUUACGAGAGGUGGCAGUUAGCACAGCAUUGAGACUUCAGUAGCAUGCCAUAUUUGCUAGCCACAAUACUAAACCAGUAACCUGCAAAAGAAGGCACAACGUCUGCUGCCAGGCAGAUCUCUAUACUCAAUGCUUUCACACUUACAAUCAUAACGGCUCCUUCCGUGGUGUCAGGAUGGCAGUCGAGCAAGGGUAACAUAUUUACAGAGCUAUUUUUGAAGGACACCCAAAGUGCUGCAACAAAACAUUUACAAAAGGGGGGGAUGCUGUGAAAGGUAACUUAGCGCUGUACUUCUACCUCCUCUGUGUCUUAACUUUACCCUUCUGCUGCCUGGUGCAUUGCUCACUCCUGCUGGCUGUGGAAGAGCUUACAACUCAGGCAGAGAAAUACAAAACUGGAAGUUCUAGAAUAGUCUAAAAAAAAAUGAAUUUAAAAAAAAAUGUUUAAAAAAAAAAAGAUUUUAAUAUUUUUUUUCGUCAGAAAAGUAUUGGCUGUAGCUGUUGAUUGUAUACUUAAUAAAGUAGGGCACGGAAUGGCAUCAUUCUGUUCAAUACAACACUGGGGAAAAAGGAAAUCAGGGCUAAUGAUAAGAAGGCAGACAAUAUAUAGUGAUUGGGAAUGAGUUUUUUCACCUGUUUGCAUCUUUUUUUUUUUUUUAAUUGAUGAAAAAUAGUCAUAUUUUUCCUAGUAAGGUGAAAAAUGAGGCACAGAUAAUGGCAAUUGCGAUGUAACAUUUCCUUUCAGUUCCAUGCCGGUGGCAUUGUCUGCUUUAAUAAAGCUAGGGCUCCCAAACUCCUGCUCUUCAGACUUUAGGCAACUGCAGUUCCCAGCAGCCUUAGCUGGAGGGUUACUGUAAGUGCAAAGCAAAGGGCCAGGAGUUAAGCUCCCUGCUUUUAGGCAUUAUGCCAAACCCCAGCCUCUCCAAAGGGUUAACCAGUAUCAUUUCCAGGGCUGUCUGCCGUGCAUUUCUCCCAGGUUCUGGGAACAACAUGGGGUAAAUCAUUAAGCCUUUAGCGCAGAAAUUCAGGUAUGUUCCAGCACUUUUAUCUAAAGCAUAUGUAGGAUAGGAUGCUGUCAUGUGUCCAUUGCAAAUAAGCUCCGUGCAUUGCCUUUUUUAUCCUCUCUUUUUGUUUCCCCUCACCAAAACCUAAUGACAGAACUUUGUAAUUUGCACCAAGAAACCUUUUAAGCUGCUUUAUUCCUUGAUAGAUAAAUGAAUCUGAUGUUUAUUGUUCCGUCUGUCAAGAUUCUGUACCAAAUUGUUGUUUGCAUGUAGUUACUGUUGCAUAGAAGCACUUUGCAUCAUUCCUUGUUCUGUGAGCUUGCCAUUCGUGAGUCGUUGGCCGGUCGGGCGGUCGGAUUGAUGUAUGAACAGCUGCGUCAGCACCCACAAACUGCCAGCUUCCUAAAGCUUCUCUCUUAACUCACACUGUUCUGCUCACCUUUCCUCCUCUUCCCUUUCUUUUUAAUUUAUUGUACCAGAAAUAGUGAUUCACUAAUCUUUCUUUUUAAGUUGUUUGAGGGUUUGCAUUUUUUUUUUUAAUUGAAAAUAAGCACCUCUGUCGGUUUAAACAGCUGUAUCAUGCUUUGAAGAUCUCCGAAGAAUCGUAACUACAAUAGAAGUGGGCAUGUAAUGUAAUCGUUUCUGUGUCAAAUUAUCUGUGAUGUAGAAUAUGUUUUGUUUCUUUUUGUUACAAGAAAUUAUAAACUUGGGUUUCUCCGAUGGUAAAAAUGCUCCGUCUUUGAAAUGUGAUGUGUGUUUACUUUUCUUUCAUAUAUAUAUAUAUGAUUUUUCCUUUUCCUCACUUUUUAUGUAUCAGCUAAACUGUUGUCACGGAACACAUUGAUAAUGAACCAAUUUUUUCCUAGAACAUUCUACAGUGCCAAGUUUGGCCAGUAUAAAUGAGGUUUGUGUGUAGUUGCCCAAAAGUUUCCACGCGGUUGAAUGUCUAAAUAUUAAAGAAAAAAAAAUGGAGCGUCACUGCAGCGACCCUGUUGUGGCCUAUGUUUUUCAUAGUAAAAAUUCAAAUUAAUUCCUAUUUUUGAUAGUAAAUGUCAUUUAAUAGUGUAUUUGCCAUUAAUCUCGGUGCAGGUUUCUGCAGUGAAAGGGGAAAAUAAAAAAGCAGAAAAUUUUUAAUGUAAACUUAAUUUUACCUCAUACACUGUACAUUCCAAAAGAAGAAAUAAACUCUAAACUUUUUAAAAUCUUAUAGGUACACUACCAAACAUAUCACUAUAAAGUGUGAAAUGUCGGACUUCAUACAAAGGAAAUAAAAUGUAUAAUCUCCUAUAAACUAUGUAGCAAAAAGUUCUGCAAAAAUCAGUGGGAAAUAAAAGAUGUAUCAUUCUUU